CGUUCCAUGCAUCACCUAAGUGUCCUUACUCACCAUAUAUCUUCCCCUUUUACACAUAUGGCGCUUUAUCUUUUCUGUCGUCUUUUUGCUAUCACCUUAAUUUUCAUGCAAACUCUGGCGGAUACUUCAUGCACUGAUUGUUUCAUUCAUUCUCGGGCAGCAUAUUAUCCAAAUUCUGAAGAACACGGAACGGAUGUAGGUGCAUGUGGGUUUGGUUCCUUUGGGGCUACAGUCAAUGGUGGAGAUGUCUCAGCUGCAUCUUCUCUUUAUCGAAAUGGUGUUGGCUGUGGUGCCUGUUACCAGGUGAGGUGUACCAACAGUGCCUAUUGCUCAGAAAAUGGUGUAAAUGCAGUUAUAACCGACCAAGGUUCAAGUGAUAACACUGAUUUCAUUCUUAGCAAACAUGCCUUUAGCCGGAUGGCUCAAACCACUGAUGCAGCUGCUUCUCUAUUAGCCCUUGGUGUGGUUGAUAUUGAAUAUAGACGUGUUGCAUGCAGCUUCCCAGAUAAAAACAUAACAAUCAAGAUAGAUGAGAGCAGCAACAACCCUUAUUACUUGGCUUUUGUCAUUUGGUAUCAACAAGGAAGGAGAGACAUAACUGCUGUGCAGCUCUGUGAGACUCAAAACUUUGUGUGCAAGUUACUGGAUAGGAGCCAUGGAGCGGUGUGGACUACUACCUCUCCACCAAGAGGACCUUUGUCUUUAAGGAUGUUGUUUAGUGAUGAAGAAGAGGAAGAAGAAACAUGGCUUGUUCCUGUUAAUAACAUACCCGGAGACUGGAAGGCUGGUGAAACAUACGAUUCAGGGAUACAAGUGAACCAAUAGAGAAUUUAACAGCAAAACAAAUUCAUUAAUAUGGCAUACUAUUUAUGAUUUUAUUUUUCUCCCAAUAAGUAGUGAUGGCAUACUAUGCAUGUCACCCAAUUCCAUUGUAUUGAAUGCUUCAUUUUUACAUCUCUAAUCAUACAAACUUAAUAAAAAUGUUGAAACACUUGACAGAUCA